AUGCAAUUCAAAAUGAAUUGUUUCGUUUUGUUAUGCUCCAUCUUCAUAUUCGUUCAGUCAACGAUAGCUCUGGAUAAUGGAAUUUCAGAAUUUGAAAAUAAUGUAACUAGUCGACGCGAGUGUUGGGCAAAGGGCGGAAUUAUUUCGAAUAUUUGGAGGAACAGCGCAGCAUUAUCUGCUUUGAAAAUGGUUAAAGUCGAUGGAGAAUUCACAGUUUUCAACUUGGGAAAGCAAAUCGAUUUCCCAAAAAUAAUUAGUGAUGAAGGUGGGCCCAAUUGGACACCAACGCGUGUUAACGAAUCAGUAGUAUGUGAAACUGUUCUUCACUAUGGAUGCUUACAAGAUAUUGUGAUCAAUACAACUGAUAGUCUCGACGAAUUCAAUCGAUUCGAUUGUGCUGAAUUGCAUGGGAAUCUUAUUAUCACUGGAUUUAGUCGAGGUCGUUUUGCAACAGAGAAGCAACCCGACUUCAGUAAGCUGAAAGAAAUAACAAAGAUUGGUCGUCGAUUGAUUAUUGAAAGUGUUCAAUUGGAUCAAUCAUUAUCUUUCGAUAAAUUAGAACAAGUUGGUCGACAUGAGGAAAAUAAAGAAUUUCCAAGCAUUCGAAUAGUCUCUAAUUCAAUGCAGAGUAUUCAUUUUCCAUUGUUAGAUACUGCUGAAUGUUCCUCGAAACCGCCGAUCAAUUGUGUUUUAACUGCGAAUAAUCAUAAUUAUUCUUCUCCUGGAAAAUCGAUGGAAAUUAAAUUCAGAAACGAUACAUUGGAAUCAAUUUGGAUAUCUUAUGUUAACCUUGAUUCAGAUGCUGAAGCCACGAAAGAAGCAGAAUUGGAAAAAGAGAAAAUGGAUGUGCAACAGAAGAUGAAAGAUUAUAAAAAUGAUUACAUUGAUUGGCAAGAAGAGGCAUUUGGAGAAGAGGCGUCUCUCGUUAUGGGAAUCAUUGGUAUCAUUUUAUUCGUUGCAUUUCCUGGAUUUUCCGCGUUCAUGUUAGUGAGAGGUAGAAGAAAACCAGAUUACAAUUUCAAGGAAAUGGAGAAAGCAGACGAGAAAACUCAGGAAGAAAAGAAACCAGAAGUUUCAAAGAUGGCUGAAAAUAAGAGUUCUCAUAAUGAUGAUCUUGGAUCAAAUUGA